AUGUCAAUUAUUGAGCUAUUCGUUCAUUUUUCUUUAAAUUAUUCUAUGGAUAAGUUAAAGACUAAAGCCACUUUCUCUUCUACAAAUAGUUUAGAAGCCCAAGCCGCUUUCUUUAUGGAUGAUCAGAUAUUGCUAUCCUCCCUUGACAAUUUGGUUAGAUCAAAAUAUCCCAACACUCUUAGAUUUAACUCAGUAUUCCCUUCUUUAAUAAGAUAUGCUCCCACCAAGAUAUGCUCCUUUGUUUCAAAUAACCUAUUUGAUAAUGACUUUACCUAUCCACCUUUGUUCGAUAAUCUUCCUUUUAUUUUUGAAGUGUGUGACCCUGAACUAGCUAUUUCCUUGUGUAUGAAAAAGCCCUCCAACAUUCCCGUGGAUACCUUUGAAUUGAAUGUCCUUCAUCUCUUUAAGACUGUGCCAUUUUCAAUUGAUAUCCUGAAAAGACAAUUCUUUUCAGGACUUUUAUCCUCGAAUAGGAUUACUCGCAUGUGCUAUUUGGACAUUCUAUUUAACCACACACCUUCCGAUAUAUUCAAUCUUAUACAAUACAUAUACGUAUUUAACUAUAGCAAUAUUGAAGAUCCUCAGAUAGAAUACUUCAUAACUGUAUUACUUUACAAUGCACUUAAACCAAGCCACAAAUCCUUUUACUACAGAGGUGGUACCCCUCAUCAUAGAUAUAGCAAUGUAGACAAUACUAUUAUGGAUGUCAAUAGUGAGGUUGAUAAUAGCACUAUGUAUCUAAAUGCUAAUCUAAGUAAUACUGUUGAUACUACUGUAAUGUAUCCCUUAUCUAAUAUUUUCACUGAUAGAUCCUAUCAUAUUGCUUUUGACUCUUUCUUUCUUUCAAAACAUAAUUCUACUGCAAUAGAAGUAUUGCUUACAGGUAUAUUUGGUAAUAUGACACAGAAUAAUCUCUUAUACCUCCUCGAUAUCUUUAAUACUCACUUUGAAUGUUCUUUUAGAAUAAGGCUUCCUUUUAUUAAAGCAUUCCUUAGUGUAGGAUUAUCUGUGAAUGACUGCAGCCUUUACUUCAAUCCUGAAUCUCCCUCUCUUAAAUAUUAUCAAUUGAAUGACAGAGAAAUGUAUCUUGGACUGGUCAAAAGCAACUCUGGAAUAAGAGAGAUUAAGAAGUUAGUGGAUAUGUGCUAUAAUGAAAAUGUUAACAGUACAGAUGUUUUUCAGUUCUGUGUAGACACUCUUAAGAAGAUUGAGUCUAGACAAGCUAGUUAUAAAAUGGAGGAUGUGAGCAUAAUUGAAGGGGAAAUGAGAAGAAUACUCCAGGAGAAUGGUGUGUACCUACCCAACAAUAAUAUAUCCAAUAAUGUUUAUAACAGCAUGUACAAUAGCAACAGAUACAGCAUUGUGUCAUCCAAUAGCAAUAACCUUACUGUUGGUCAGUAUUUCUAUUCGUCUUUAGAAAUCCCUUCUGAGUUUGAUUUUAUUGAAUCCAAGUUCCUAAAAAUCUUAGACACUAUUCAGUUAUCCAAUACUGAUAAUAAGAGUAUAUUGGAGGAUGUUAGGAAUCUAAUAAGCUCCUUCUCUUUGAUAUUAUCUAUUCCUAGAAAUACUGCCCUGUUUUCUAAAUUACUUAUGUUCUGUUCAAUUGCCUCUGAGAUUGUUGAAUCCUUAAUCAUUAUUAAGGAUAACCUUACUGAGUCGAUUUAUGGCAGGUUUAGAAUGUGGAUGAUAAGACAUCCUUCAUUCUUCUCUUCUCUUAUUGAUUGGAGUACAUUUAUGAAGUGGAGAUCCUUCAUAUUCACUAGGGCCUUAACUGCUGUUUCUGAUAAUGACAAGAAAAAGGUAAGUAGUGAGCUAUGUAAACUAAACUGUAUAUAUGCUAUGAAAACGUUUAAGGAAAAGCUAUAUGGUAAAUCAUGUUCCAUCCUCAACGAGGUUACUUCCAUAACGACAGUAGAGAUGUCCCAGAAUAUGCAAAGGAUACUCUUAGAUUUAGAAAGUCUAUUUCACCUUAAGGAUUACAAUACAAUGGUAUCUCUGAUUAACUCUUUAAACAUAGCUAAGUUUUCAAAUGAAGAGAAGAGUAGAUUGUAUUACUGGGCUUACAAAGCAUUAAAAAGAAUGGGAAAGAGCAGUGAUGCUGAGAAGUAUGGCUCUUUGAGUCGUAAGCUAUUUGAGAUCAUUGAAAAUAAGAAGGAAGACCUUGAAUUACUAAAGGAAAAACUAAAGCUAAGAAACACACAAGAAAAAAGUAUAGACAACCUUUCCAGCAACGGAUUUUUCACUCUUCUUUCUUCAAUUUCUGGCUCUGAUUUUGAACAAGCUUAUAUUUCUAAGCUUAUUGAAAUUAUAAAUGAAAUGAGUGUUGAUGAGAGUAGAACCUAUGUUUUGGAAUUGUUGAAAUUUCCCAAUAUAAGCUCAACUGAAUUAAGCAAUCUUUCACAUCAGAAGCUGUAUUUCUUUAUUCCUCAGAUUGAGAAAAGUGUUGGUGUUGAAUUUUUAUUAUCAAAGAAUCCAUUGCUAAAGAGUUCCUAUGAGUCAGUUGCCAUAUUUGAUAAGCUUCUGUUAUCCUCUAAGUAUAAUGCCAACAAUAACGGUAAUAUGAGUAUAUUGGAUAGCAUGAGAUUGGAAGUUAAUGGUAUUCUCGAUGGUAUUGUUAAUUUACAAUCUGUGAACUUAGAUAAUGUUAAGUCAUUGGUUAGUGGAAUCUUCUCUUCUAUUUUAAACUCCCAUUUUGGCUAUUCCAUUCAUAGAUUUGAAAGAAAUGUCACUUCUGUGUAUGGCUUCAGAAAGGACAGUUCUAUUCACAGAUUUGAUAGGGACGUUCCUCUCCUUGGUGAGUUUGCAAUCCUUCGCAGUAAAUAUAAUAAUAUCAAAUUGAUGGAAUAUAUCGAAGAUUUCCACUCGGAUAUUUUCUAUGUAAGACUCUCGGAUGGCUCCCUUUCAAAAAUUACUACUCAUCUUACUGACAGUAACUUCUCCUCUUCUACACUUUCUUCUUCCAUGUUACAGUUCAUGGAGCUUUUUGAUUCUUGCAUAAAGAAUCAUUAUCUUGAACGGCUGGGAUUCAAGUUUAUUUCAAUUCCUACUGUCAAGUCCAACAAUAUCUUUUAUUCUGUUCAUAAUUCAAUUGAUUAUUCUGUUGAAUGCCUUUGGAUGGGUCGUCUUUUAAAGGAUGGAACCCCCCUUCAUUCGGUAUUUACUGAAUAUCUCACUAGCAGACAAUUUAAAUCCCCUCUUACUGCAUUCUGUGAUUCUAUCCAACUUUGGAAAAACACUCUCAAAAGAGAAUUACUCAGUUUCAUUCCUAAUUAUAAUGAUUUCUAUGUUUUUAAACGCAACUUCAUCAAUUCCUAUGGCUCCAUCAUUUGCUUCUUUUAUCUCUUUGGAAUUAACUAUACUCCUUAUGAAAAUCUCUAUCUUGAUCCUAGCGGAAAUUCGUUUAUGCCACUCUGCAUAAAUGAUUCUUUUAGAAUCUCAAGAAAGUUCUAUUUUAGACCAUCCCUUCAAGUUAUAUUUGGAAAUGAAGGUAUUAAUGGGCCAUUGAAUAUGUUUUUAAGUGAAUUCUUAAAGAUUGCAAGUGCUGAGAAUAUUUAUGAAAUAGCACGUUUCUUUGGAAUUGAGCUUAGAAAUAGUCUAGCCAACUGUGAUAUGCUCACUGAUAAUGGGAUAUCAAAGGAGAAGGAGUUGAAUGUGUCUUUGAUACUUGGAGAAAUGGUUGAUCCUAAAGCGGGUGUUGUACUACCCCUCUCUUAUAUGGCCUGGAUGUAA